AUGACGGGCAAGCGCGCGCGCGUCGACGAGCGCGUCAACGGCGUCGAUGUCGACGCCGAUAUGCGACGCAAAGGGCGUUUACCGCCGUGUCACAACGCCCUCGUCACCGCCCUGCUCACCGAUACGUAUCAGCUUACGAUGGCGUACGCGUACUGGAAGAACGGCACGCACGAGCGAAGCGCGACGUUUGAACUCUUCUUUCGAAAGAACCCGUUCGACGGGGAGUUCACCGUUUUCGCAGGUUUGGAGGAGGCUCUGCGAUUCUUGAGCAAUUUCGCAUUCACGGAGGCGGACUGCGCGUACCUGCGCUCGACGUCGAUCGGGGCGAACAUGGAGGGAGAGUUUUUUGAUUUUUUGUUAGGACUCGACGCGAGCAAAGUGAGGGUGUACGGCCAACUCGAGGGGAGCGUGGUGUUCCCGCGCGUUCCUUUGCUCAGGUUGGAGGGACCGCUAGCGACGGUGCAGCUGUUCGAGACGACGCUGCUUUGCUUGGUGAAUUACGCGAGUUUGGUGGCGACGAACGCGGCGAGGCAUCGCUUGGUCGCGGGAGAGGAUGCGCAGUUGCUGGAAUUCGGGCUGAGGCGGGCGCAAGGGGUGGAUGGGGGGAUCUCCGCGAGUCGGUACUCGUACCUGGGCGGUUUCGACGCGACGAGCAACGUCGAGGCCGGGAGGCAGUUCGGAAUACCGAUCAAGGGUACGCACGCGCACUCGUACGUGCAAUCGCACGCGUCGUGGUCGACGGUAAAAAAUCCAAAGUUGGUGAGCGCCGACGGCUCGACGACGUGCGAUGACUUCCCCGCGCUCGUGAUGGAGAAGUUGAAGCAGUUGGAGGCGCUUCGAGACGAUAUGGAUCUUGAGCUUCGUUGGACCGAUACGAAUACAAGCGAGCUCGCGGCGUUUACCACGUAUGCAUUGGCCUUUCCGGGGUCGUUCUUAGCCUUGGUGGACACGUAUAAUGUCUUGAAGAGCGGUUUGCCAAACUUUUGCGCCGUGGCGUUGGCGCUUCGUGAGCUCGGGUACUCUGCGGUGGGCAUUAGGCUCGAUAGCGGCGACUUAUCUUACCUCAGUAAACAAACCCGAUCGUUCUUGCAGAGUAUUGAGAGAUUACUUGGUACGAAAAUCGCCGACAGGCUGAGUGAGGUCUCCAUCACGGCGUCGAAUGACAUUCAUGAGGCAGUGUUGUACUCACUGCGUCAGCACGGUCACGAGAUCGACGCCUUUGGCAUCGGAACGCACCUCGUGACGUGCUACGAGCAACCAGCACUCGGGUGUGUGUACAAGCUCGUCGAGAUCGACGAUACUCCACGCAUCAAACUCAGUGAAGACAUCGCCAAAGUGACAAUUCCGGGAAGGAAGAAGGGCUAUCGAUUAUUCUCGCAAACUGGCGAGGCAAUCGUCGACGUGAUGACGCGCGACGACGAACCUGCACCUAAAGUCGGCGAACGCAUGUUGAUUCGACACCCGUUCGAGGAAAGUAAGCGCGCGUACGUCGUUCCAUCCAAGGUGGAGCCGCUUUUUAAUUUGGUUUGGGACCGCGAGCACGGCACGCAAGAGAGUUUGGACUUGACCCUCGAGACGUCUCGGCGACGAUGCAAAGAGUCGAUUCACCAGCUCCGCGCGGAUCAUCUCAGGUACACCAACCCAACACCUUACAAAGUGAGCGUGUCCGCGGCGCUUUACGAUUUCAUCCGCGACCUCUGGUUCGCCGAAGCGCCUGUCGGCGAGCUACGAUGA